UCCCGAGCUCGGCGGCCUCGUCUCCAGGCCCUGCAGCUGCUGCCACCGCCGCCCGUCCGCCUGUCGGCCCGUCGUUCUACCCGCAGCAUGAGCGGCCUGCGCGUCUACAGCACAUCGGUCACCGGCUCCCGCGAAAUCAAGUCCCAGCAGAGCGAGGUGACCCGCAUCCUGGAUGGGAAGCGCAUCCAGUACCAGCUAGUGGACAUCUCCCAGGACAACGCCCUGCGGGAUGAGAUGCGAGCCCUGGCGGGCAACCCCAAGGCUACCCCACCCCAGAUUGUCAACGGGGACCAGUACUGUGGGGACUAUGAGCUCUUCGUGGAGGCUGUGGAACAAAACACACUGCAGGAGUUCCUGAAACUGGCCUGAGCCAAGUCAGCCUAUUGGACUUCCCGUCACCACAUCCCCCCCAAGCCAUCAACCCAGCCAUGAAGGACCUUGUGACCAACUCCCUAUUAUUCCUAACCUUCUGACUUUGGAGCCCCUCCCCACAACCCAAGACCUUUCUCCUCCCCUAACUGUAGCCCCCUCUCCUCCAUUCAAAGGCAACAUUCCUUACCCACUAGUCUUAGAAAUUGUCUUAAGCAACAGCCCAAGUGCCAGCUGUCCUCAGCCAGGCCCUGAGGCUGCCACCCUGCCUUGCACUGGCUGAUGGGCACCUUUGGUGGUUCCAUUAGCCAGGGCUCUGCCAAAGGCCCCGCAGUCCCUGUCCAGGAGCACCACAGAAACAAUUAAAUGUCCCAUUCCAUUGGCA